CUCACAUUCCGCCCUGCUGCUGACGCUGCCUCCUGCCGCCUGCCGCCUGCUCGGACAGACCCUGGACGCGCCUCCCCCGCCCGCGGCGAGCCGCAAAAGGGACCGCGAAGGGAGCCGCGAGCCGCCGGCACGGGUAGCUACCGGGAGAGCGAUCGGGACUGGAAUCCGUGUAAGAGACAGAGAGAAGCUGUUUCAGCUAUUGGUUCCAGCAACAUGGAGAAUGAUAUCAGCUUGAAGUUCCACCAGCAGCUUUUCCUUAUUAGUGAAAAUCUGGUGACUGAAGAUGUAGCAGCUUUAAAAUUUCUCUGUACUGACUUGCUCCCCCUCAGUAAACUAGAAGGUGUGAAGUUAGCAGCAGACAUCUUCAAGCUCCUUAUGGCUCAAGGAUAUCUGAAUGCAAAAGACACCUUCCUACUAGCUGAACUCUUAUAUAGAAUUAAAUGUCUCUCCUUGCUCGAGAAGCUUGGUUACACCAAGGAGAAAGUACAAGAACAUCUGAGUGAGAAGGGAAGAAUAUCUCCAUACAGGCAGAUGCUGUAUGAAUUGUCAGAGAACAUCACCAGUGAGAUGUUGAAGAAAAUAAUUUUCCUCCUGAAAAAUCGUCUUCCAAAGGGACGGAUAAUUCUUUCUGCUUUGGAUUUGCUGACUUUAUUGGAAAAGCAGGGCCUUUUAACUAAAGACAAUAUAAAGAUACUGGAGGAUGUCUGUAUGACCGUUUCACCUGAUCUCCUGGAGACAAUAGACUGCUACAAAAAGGGAAAAGAUAACAAGACAGCUAAUUUUACACAAGGCUUCCCUGAACUAAACCUGGAGCUGUGUGGAGAAGUCAACAAUGUAGAAAAUGAAUCCAAGACUAUGAAAAGCUACAAAAUGGAUGGGCCACACAGAGGAUUUUGUCUCAUUAUUAAUAAUGUUAACUUCAGUAGUUCUCAGAGGAAGGGUUCUUGCAAAGAUGCUGAGCAACUGGAGAGAGUGUUCACAUGGCUUGGUCUGGAUGUGAGGACUUACACAGAUCUGACAUCUGGGGAGAUUAUAAAUCUCAUGGAAACUUGGCAGCAUAUGCAAGAUCACAAAGACAGGAACUGUUUUAUAUGUUGUAUUCUAUCUCAUGGAAAGUCAGGAGCAAUCUGUGGGACAGAUGACAGACCUGUGUCAAUCCGCGUGCUUACGUCCCACUUCACUGCCAAACAAUGUCCCCAGCUGGCUGCAAAACCCAAACUCUUCUUUAUCCAAGCAUGCCAGGGUGACAAGAUACAGCAUCCUGUCAAUGUUGAUACUGAUGGACCAACUCCUGACUUGUCUUCCAUGCAAGAGAGAGUUUCUCUUUCUGAAAGUAUUCCCGAAGAGGCUGAUUUCCUCCUAGGCAUGGCCACAGUGGAUGGAUAUGUCUCUUUCCGGCACACUGAAGAGGGCAGUUGGUAUAUUCAGGCCCUCUGCAGCAAGCUACAAUUGUUGGUACCAAGGGGUGAAGAUAUUUUGUCAAUUCUUACACAAGUUAAUGAAGAUGUGGCCAGACGUGAUAGCCCUUCAGGGACAAAGAAGCAAAUGCCCCAGCCAGCAUAUACCUUAAGAAGAAAAUUUAUAUUCCCAAUACCAAUGGCCCCUCCUCCUUCAGAGCAACAUCAAUGCUUUUAAUACACAUUAUUGUAUCAUCUCAUUUAAAUGCAGUUCAUCACACUACCUGUUUUAAGACAGCCAAAACCCUGAGGAUCUGUUAGCUUUGAUGCAAGGCCUUAUAAAUUUUUUGUCAAACAAACUGUGAAACUGGAGGAGACACAAUUAAAACAAUCAAUGUGCCAGCUAUUUACAUCAUCUCUAUAUUCAGAGUUACCAGUGUUGGAAAAACUACACUGUUUAACUCAUGUUAAGCAUUUUUGAACCUGCACAAGCUGGAGAUACAAUUGGUUUUUCCUUGCAGCAUAGGGAUUGCAUGUCAGCUUUCAUAUUUAAACCAGGAUUGUUAAUGGUCUGGUUUAGACUCAUCAUGUUUUAUUUUGCAGGCUAACAAUUUUAAAUCCUGUUUCUAAAUUCACUAGCUAUGUUCCUAGAGAGAAAAAAAGUGGGAAUGAAGAGACAAAACCUUAGGUAGUAAGUGCAAAAGGAUUUCUUCAAUCUCUAAUGAAAAUUACAGUUAACUUAAUAAAGAACCAGCUUCCAACUGAAAUCAGCAAUUUGUUCCACAGUGUCCUCAAAUGGCUAGCUUCAUGUACAAUGAAGUUUUCCAAAACUGAGUAAAGCCAAAAUGGUGCUUAUUAUUCCCUCUGUGAAACCUUGUGAACUGUUAUUUCCCCAUCAACUCUGAGAAAAUUUAUGGUAGAAGAUUUGCAUACUGUGAAAUACACCAGUCAGAUUAACUUUGUUAAGCAUUACAUUUUUUAAUUAUCAUUUGUUGGUUUAACAUCUAAAAUGCAGCCAAUUUGUGAAGGCUUCUGUGGACUAAGCUGCUGACAGAUUUUUGUGAUUUAACUGAAAUAAUGCCAUGUGGUUUUGUUAUGAACACUUAUUCCGUAUGCCUGUGUCUUUCUUGUUUAAUGUUUACUGCAUUAAAUUCAUACUUUUUAAGA